CCCCGAAUUAUUCCAUCUCCUUCUCGUUCGCCUGGAUUUGGUUGGUCGGUGGCGGUUCACUUUUUGUACAUAAACAGUUUUCGAAAGUAAAUUCAAUCGAAUUACACAGAAAAUAGCUUGUGAAGAUGCCGAAAAAGAUGGGAGUUAACAGCAAAGCGGAGGAAGCUAGGGCUCGGAGGAACGCCACUGAAGCCGAGCGCAAGGAUCGCGAAAGCCGAGAGAAGGAAGAUCAGUACUGGCGCGAAGCCGAAGGGGCUAAGUCGCGCGCCGCCAAGAAGCGCGAGGAGGAGGCCGAGAAGAAAGCUGAGCUCGCCGCUAAAAAGGCUGAGGCGCGCCGUUUGGCUGAACAGGAACAGAAGGAGCUCGAGAAGAACAUGAAAAAGGUUGAUAAAAAGGCGAACCGGGUGUCCAUCCCCGUGCCGAAGGUGACGGAGGCCGAGCUGCAACUGCGGAGGGAGCAGGAUCAGGCGGCUAUGCAGAAGCGGAUCGAGGAGGAGAAGCGCAAGCAGAGCCGGACCGCUGCCGAGGAAGAGUAUGAAAGGAUGGUGCUUGUCGCGAACACUAAUCGCGAUGACUCAAUUAUCGAGGCCAGGACGGUGGAAGAUGCGAUCGCACAGAUGGCAGUUACGGAUAAUUUGCCCCCUGAUAGGCACCCUGAGAGGCGGCUCAAGGCUUCUUUUAAGGCUUUUGAAGAAGCUGAGCUUCCAAGGUUGAAGGAAGAGAAGCCAGGUCUCACACACACGCAAUACAAAGAUUUGAUUUGGAAGCUGUGGAAGAAAUCUCCCGACAAUCCACUUAACCAGGUUGCUGAUAAGUCAUGAGUGAAUCCUGCUUCUGCGAAGUCUGGCAAUCUCUCAUUGGGGGAUCAGUGGAAAGCAUCUGCAGUUUCAUAUAUCAGUGAUGAUUUCACGUUCCUUGAAACAUCAAUGUGCAGUGUCCAUUUAGUCCUUAUGCAGUCUAUUUGAAGUAAUACUUUUUAUGUCAAUAAGAUCCUUGUGUUUUCCUGAUACUCGUCAUCUUUGUUAAUGAACCUUGGGAGGUUUUCGCUGUUAGUAAACUAUACAUGUACUGAGAUUAGAAAUGGUGGUUUGCUCUUCAAUUUUAGACAGUAUUUGAAUAAAAUUGUGCACUCAUUUUUUGCAAA